AUGAACAUGAUGCGCGCCAAAAGAACCAACACACAACCCUUAGAGGAUGCCUCUACUGCUCCCGCAACCUUCAACGAUGGUCUCCCCCUCCCAAAGCUGAUCGCCUUUGAUCUGGAUUACACUCUGUGGCCAUUCUGGGUGGAUACACAUGUCAGCGCACCGAUUAAGCCACGGGAUAAUAAUUCCCGGUGUACCGACAGGUGGAAUGAGUCGUUCGCCUUCUACCCCGCGGUAUCAGCAAUCAUCUAUGCAUGCAAAACUCACUCAAUUCCGCUAGCUCUGGCUUCCCGGACCCAUACUCCCGACCUUGCGCGGGACAUGCUCAAGGCGCUUCACAUUAUUCCAACAUUUUCUGAUAACCCCGCAGCUAAGGCGAAAUCAGUCCGUGCCUUAGAUUAUUUUACAUACGUUCAGAUUUUUCCGGCGAACAAGACACAGCACUUCUCGAAGAUUCACCAGGCUAGCGGAAUCAACUAUGAGGACAUGCUCUUCUUUGAUGAUGAGGCGCGCAAUCGGAACGUUGAGACAGAGCUUGGGGUCACAUUUUGUCUCGUUCGAGACGGCAUGACCAAAGAAGAGGUUGAUAGAGGUGUCUGGGCAUGGCGUAAAAGGAAUGGAAUCAAGCCUACCGCGCUAAAGGGGGAUAAUGGCGAGCUGGCGAAUUGA